AUUGAACAUCUUCAUACAUAUCUUGAGACGUUCUAUGAGGCCAUAAUUAUGGUAGAAGGACGUAAAACAAUAGUUGGGGAUCACAUUCAGACGCUCGAUUGGCUUAUGGAUCAAAUGGAUGCUGCCAGAAAUCAUUUUCUCAAUCUUUCUAGGGCUAGGAGGCGAAAUCAGGAGAUUCCGCCUAGUAAGGCGAAAUAUCUAUCUGAUUGCGUAUACGAAGCUUGGUUGAAGGCUGAGAAGUACUUUAAACUGGCAGACGACAUCCUAUACUACUAUGCGGCCCUUAUUCUUGAUCCUACGGUUAAGCUAGACUGGUUUAAAGCUGCCUGGGAUACUCACCUAGAGAAAAAACACUGG